AUGGACUUUGCCACUGUCAAUGGAUUGAAGUUAAGAAGACCAUUUUCUGAAUCAAGAAGAAAUAAUAUUUGGCGGUUCCUUACAAACAUGUAUUCCGUGAAACAAGACAAUUGGAUUUUAGAUGAACCUACCACUUUGCUGGAUGACCGAGGUACGUCAAAUACGAUGUUCAAAGAAUAUAUCAUGAAAUAUUUUUUAAUUGAUAAAGGGCGCGUCAUGCCUGACACUGUAUUAGAGACUCACUUUCACAAGCUGAUGUUAAAAGGCAAUAACCACACUCUGCUUGUCUUCGGUCCAAACCUUUUUAAGGAACAAGCUUUUUUUUCUUGUGAUAUCGAAGAAGCAGGUAAAGAAUUAUUGAACAAUAGAUAUCUGCUUUCAAGUUCUCGCCUCAGGGGCUUCGUCCGCGGUCUACAUUCUCUCCCAAAUAUUCUAUAUAAAGGCUACUCUUACAACGAAUCCUAUAAGCCAUCUGAUCUCCCCAGCAAGCCAAAUAGGCUUUUAUAUUUACCUCCCUCUCAAGAUUCCAACAUUCCACUUCAAGCUUUUUUUAUGGGUUUUCUCAAGAGGAUGCAAUAA